AUGUCGGACGCCGAAUGGAUUUUGCGUUUAAAAAAGUUUGCCAGUACAGGAAUUUGGCCAUCAAAUGAGGGUAACAGGCCAGCUCCUCGACAGAAAAAGUGGUACGAGAUUUAUCAAAGGAUUGAGAAAUGUCCGAUGCUGUCUCGUGGCCAAACAACCUUGCUUGGAGGUGUGCUGAAAUGCAUCUGUGGUUUUCACAUUCCAAAGCAGCCCACUGCCUCUACUGGACCAGCACAAAGGGUGGUGGAACAACCUGCUGCUGCUGAAACAGCAAAGAAGGCCAUGGAGCGGAGUCAGCCUGACCCCCAGCCUCAUCCCCUGCCCCAGCCCCAGCCUACUGCACCAGUGGAAGCAAGAGUUGCACCACAAUUUUCAACGUUUACCAAGCCAAGAUUUACUGGCUCUCACCUUGCUGCAGCAAAGCCAAAUCUUAGUUUGGCCAGGAGACCUUCUCAGGUUGAAGACCAGCCCAGUGCAGCAGUGUCUAGUGGCUCUAUACCAAGCACCACUGCCUCUACACCAGAUCCUCAAGUUCCAUGCCCUGUCCCCAGAGCCACUGCAGAUGUGUCCAGUCCCGCUCAGCCAUGCAAUAUUGUCUCAACAGCUCCUUCUGGGGCAUUAUUGCAAGGUCCAUCUGUAGUUCCACUUCCUCGUUUGUGGUCUGAGACCUUGCCACAAGAGGAUCACAAGUGGAUUGGCAAAAGACUUUUUAAAAUGGGAUCCAAGGGAAAGCCAGAGCUUCGUGAUAACCUCCAGCUCUGGUAUUACCCACCACAGCCAGCACUUAUCUACAAUCAGGCUCCAGCUCCAGACAGAUUCUUUUGUCAUUGUCUUCUGCUGUGGAUGCCGUACAAGCUGUGGAGAGUUAAGGUUCUCUGUCCCAAUCCUGCCUGCGGACAACAUCAGCUGACAGGAGGUGGUCUGCACAAAAGGGCACGGCAGGUUCUAGACAUUGACCGAAUGUACAACAUGGUCACAGAAACUCUCAUCUGUACCAAGUGUAGAGCCUCGCAUGUGUCCUGGAGUCAGACUGUCCUGCAACAGCUAGAUCUGGGCCAUCGCUCUGAGUUUCAGGUCAUCCUAACGCGGAAGUAAGUAUUCUUUCAUUCCUCAUCCAGUUGUUAGCCCAUCAUAAUGGGUGUAUGUAUGCAGAUACUUUACAAAUCAAAAAUCUAAAAUAUAUGAAUGUGUGGAUUUUGCUUU